GACACACACACAUAUAUACACGCACACUAAAUUUGCUACAACUUUUUAACAUUUUUUUAUGUUUUCUAUUGAUUGGUUUGUAUUGAUAAAGGGUCAAUAUGAGCAAAAUAGAGCUGGCUGUGAAGAAAAAACACUCGUUGCAUACGAAGCGCAUGUUGGAGGCCACUUAUUUUGAUUUGUCUUUGGUGCGACAAAAUAUAAUUGAGAAUGUGCUGUGUGUGCUAAGGGACGCAAUGGAGCGUGUAAGGAUCACGUUGAUAUUGCCGCAGAUACUGAAGGAUCCAGACUACAUGACCAAAGUCUUAACUGGCACCAAGUACCAGGAUGUGCUGCCGCUUGUGGAUGAUUUUAUGCGUAGACUGACUUUUAUUUUAAAGGAAAAGCGCUCGCCUCUAAUGGAUCAUGCGAUGGUACAGAUAAUGGAUUACUUUCAGCGCCAUUAUCAUAUGUACGAGCUGUUUCCCGGAUAUCUAAACAGUCUUGGACCGCAAGAAAGAAAAUUACAUUACGCAUACGAGCGACUUAUUGACAUUUCACGCUAUCGCCUGCAAAAGGAUGCCAAGCAGCAAGUCGAGUCCGAGUGCCACAUUGUGAGCAUGAUGAAGGAAAAUAAAGAGCUAAAGGCCGAUAUAGCUGAGAUGCAGGCUAAGCUCGAUAAGCGCACAGCGCAUCGAUUAAAAAAGGAGGCAGUGGUGAAAGCAGUUUUGACAAAUAUUCAAGAUGAGGUGAACACCAAGCGCGAGAAAUUCGAAGCGGUUUUUCAAAAUGAAAGCGCAAAAUGCCAGCGCACGACCAGAGUUAGUCAGCGAAAGCAUCUGGAUAAAAUGUAUCAUCUAGAUGAAGAGCUGGUGCAAGUGAGAGGCCAAUACAGAUUGCAUGUCAGCAAACAACAUCAACGUGAAAAGGAGCUGCGCGAUGAAAUCAACAAGUUGCAGAUUCAAUUCCAGGGCGUACUCAAGAAAUACGACUAUGUAAUUGGUGAAAAACAACGUGAGAAUCUGUUGCUGUUGGACCAGUAUGACAUAGCCAAGCAGCAGCUGGAUAUAUUUAUGAUACUGUAUCGCAAGGAGGAGGCAAUUUACAAGCAGAUUGUUGUCAGGCGCGAGGAGAAACUCAAGGCUGAACGACGACAUCGCAUUAUAGUCUUCUCAAUGAAUCGCGCUGCGGCUGUUAUACAAAAAUAUUGGCGCAAGUGGCGCAAGCAUAUGGCCAAAAAAAAUCGCGGCGGUGGUAAAAGAAAAAAAUAAACAUUAACAAUUUUAUGCCAAAUGCAAUAGCUGACAAAAUAAAGACAUAUAUAUGCU